GCACUGUUAAAAUAACUUGCACGUGUUAUUGUUUACAAUCUGAAGAACAUGUCGAAAAGGCCAGAGCUACAGGCCCCUCCUGAAGUGUAUUAUGGAGUUGAUGAAGCUCGCAAAUACACUCAAAAUACUCGAGUGAUUGAGGUCCAAGAAAAAUGUACGGAGCGUGCACUAGAGUUGUUGGCCCUCCCAGAUGACACUUGUGCCCUACUGCUGGAUAUAGGUUGUGGCUCAGGGCUCUCUGGUGAAACUAUAACCGAACAAGGGCACAUGUGGGUUGGCAUGGAUAUAUCUCCAGCUAUGUUAGGCACUGCCUUAGAAAGAGAAGUCGAUGGUGACAUAAUGCUGGCAGAUAUAGGUCAGGGAGUUCCCUUUCGUGCUGGAAUGUUUGAUGGAGCCAUCAGUAUUUCAGCCGUCCAGUGGUUGUGUUAUGCUGAUACAUCCAACCAUAAACCUGCUAAGAGGCUCUACAAGCUCUUCAUGACACUAUUUGCAAGCUUGUCUCGAGGAAGCCGAGCUGUGUUCCAGUUCUAUCCUGAGAAUGACUCUCAGGUGGAACUGAUCGUCUCACAAGCCAUGCGUGCAGGAUUUACUGGGGGUCUUGUGGUGGACUACCCAAACUCUUCAAAGGCUAAGAAGAUAUAUUUGGUGCUGAUGACUGGAGGAGGGGGUCCACUACCCAGUGGUCUACAAGGUGAUGGUGGCAAUAACAAUCAAGCUCUUUACCAGCGCAGGGAACGUAUGAAGCAGAUUCGCAGUGGUCGUCAACCAAAACGGGCAUGGAUCAUGCAAAAAAAAGAACGACGGAGAAAGCAGGGGAAGGAGGUGCGACUUGACUCAAAAUAUUCUGGUCGGAAAAGAAGUGACAAAUUCUAGUGUGCGUAUGUAAGUAGAUGUGUUAUACAGUAAGCCCUUGCUAUUUGCAGGGUUUAGGUUCCAAGGAAUGGCACAAAUUGGCAAAACUGUGAAUAGCAACUUAUACUACAUUAGUGCACUACUGUACAGUAUACCUAUACAGUGUACUGUAUUAGAAACUAAAGUCACCAACGCUACUCUCUUUUGUAUGUGGAUGUUUGGAGCUUGAUGAAGUGUACUGUACAGUAGAAUGAAGUAUGGUUACUGAAGCAUACGGAGAGCAUCAGGAUCACUGUUGGAAGAGGGUGAUGCAGUGGUGGCUGGUGGAGACUGGAGAGGCGGGUGGUGGAGCGGUGGCAACAGUUGACGAGUAGGUGAGGGAGAUGAAUCAGCUGGGCGAGCAGCUGGUUCUUUCUUGAAAACAUCGUGAUUGGGAGUUGUUUCCUCUUGGCUUUGAAGUCUCUAAACAUUUUACUCCACUAACAUCAUUAGCACUGACACUGGGCAGUCUCUUAGGGGACAUUUCACACAGAAACACUUAAAUUUUCAGUAUACAACACAAGAGAUGCUGUGUUGCAGGCAAUGGUUGAGUGCAAACUGUGAGGAGAUGCUGCGGGCGUGUGGGGGUGAGUCGUUGCACUGUGGGCAGGUUAGUAAGCUAGCCACCAUCUGCUUACCGCGAAGUCGAAAUCGCGAAUCGCAAACCCGGAAAAUAACAAGGGUUUACUGUACCUGUAUACUGAAUAUAUAUAUGUUUGAUACUCCUUAUUUACAGUAAACUGUCAUAUUUAUAAAUAAGAGUAAUGUUCAGAUAAUACUUUAUUACACUUAAGAUUAAAAGUAGAAGGGAAUUGGUAUGUAAGAGUGAAGGGAAUUGGUGAACAUUAUUGUUCAGAAGCUGCCAUGCUGUUAUAGUCACACAUUACUUUGACUUGAUGGAGACUCUUUGGCAGUCAUACUAUAAAAACUGCAAAAUUAAUUCCACUUCUCGGCAUUAUUUUUAGAUAAGCUUGUUCUCCCUGUAUAGUAAGCAAGAGUUAUAGAUAAGAUUUUUUCUUCUUGUAAGUUGAUUAAAUUAAUAUUGAUUAAAAAAAAAUUGUAAAACACAGGAGUCCAUAUUUGAGGGGAAUAUUUAAGUUAAUUCAGUAUCCAUAAUAUUUAUUAAAAAUUCAGCUGCAGGACAAUGAUAUUUACAAUAUUAAAGAGACUGUAGUUCAUAUUGUUUUACCUUAAUAAUGAAACUGCUGUAUCAUGGAAACCUUACACACAGGUAAGACAUUCAGUAUAAUUAGUUUUUUGUGCACAGAUAUCUUACCAGUUCCAUGACAAACAAACACGGAAAUACAAUUGUUCUGUCAUAGAUUAAAAUAAACAAAAUUAUCGAGGGGUUACCUGCAACUAUUCUCUGGAAUACUUUGAGACAAGCCUCAAGGAUAAUGAUAGGAAAAAAUUGUUGUCUAUUUCUAUAUACAGUACAGUACAGUAUAUACUAACUAUAUAAAGUGUCGCUCCCUAAAUACUACAAAUGUUAUGUUUUGGAUUGAUUUUUGUGUUUAAAUUUCAUGAAAUACUGUAUUAUGAACUCAAUUAUUCUGUGUUAAUGUUGAAGACUACUUGAAACUAGAUUUCAGAUAAUAAAUUUAACCUGUGAAUAUAUA